UAACACGCAUGCGCUUACUUAAAUGCCAAGUUCCGGAAAAUAGCCACCCCAAACUUAAGUCAGAAAAUUCAUUGUUUCAUUCGAUUUUAAAUUGGGAGAACAAGCAAUUUUGAAAGAAAAAAUUCCCUUAAAAUGCCGUGUGUUGGUUGUGGUAAAGAAUGCAAAUGCACUCCGGAAAAGUGCAGCGAUAGCUGCAAGUGCCAGAGUCCCGGAAAAUGUGGUUGCAAUCCCUCGAAUGCCGCCUCCUCCUCCUCCGGCGGAUGUUGCAAGAAGGCAGGCGACACCGCGGGAGGCGACGCCAAGGGAAAGUGCUGCGGCGACACCAAGAAAUAGAAGCCGACAAUUGCAAUACCCAUUCGAGGCCAGAGAGAAAUGCUUUUCGUUCCUUUUAUUUUUCGAUGGCCAUAACUGCUAAGUGAGCUGUUAUCAUUAAAUACAUUUAUUGUUUAAUCGAAA